UAUUUUUAGGUUUCAUGUGAUAAAUCGAUUGAGAGGGACCUGAUUUGAUCGAGUGACAACAAUUUUUCGAAGGAACGUGAGCAUUAUUUCGCUUUACUGUGACGUUGAAGUUUGAAUUAUUGCUUUGCCAUGAGCGCAUAUCUUGUGAGGCUUGACUUCGGUCUUCGAGACCUGUCUUACAUGAAGCUUGAACGAAUUGGUUCAACUGACCAUGGUCCACGAAAAUGUGGCAUGACGCAUAGUAGGGCUGAAUUUUAUGUUGAAUGGCACGAACAUCGUCAUAAUACUGCUGAUCCGAAGCGAAUCCCUCUGCAUGUCCACAAAGUGGAGAAUGGGAUAAAAGUUGGAGCAUUGUGUCCAAAGCAGUAUUGGUUGGAGAAACUUUUCUCGGUGGGAGAAGCUCUGAAUGGAGAAUUCGUGCUCACUGUGGAAAGGGUGUCUUUGCAUCUUUUUAAUGCGGAGUUGCAGGUGAGGAAGCUCUACACGGGGGAAAUCGGGUAUCCACAUUAUUCCAUGGAUCAUUACUUGCAUCAAGUAUUCAAAUGCACUAACUGGAAGAAUCUGAAGGUCCUGGAAAUUAAUUCGAGCUAUUCGAGUAAAUAUACAUCUCCGAAAGGAAUACAACAAAUGGCUCAAUUGGAAAAGUUGUCAAUUCGUUGCCCUCAUCUCGGGAACAUUUUCGUGGAUGUGGCCAGAGAUGAAAAGUUGGUGUUCUACCAACUUCAGCGAGUCACUCUCGCAUGCUCAUUGAGAAAGUUUUCGUCGUUGGAUUUGAAUUGUGUUUUUCCGAGACUGAAGAGCCUGUGUCUGGAGGAUUCCGAUAGAGAGUUUUCGCACUUCCGUAGGAAUCCGCAGCAUCCUCCUUUGAGUUCCAUCACGUUUAUCAACUCCCUUGGAUCUGGUGUGCUUUCGAGUCUCAGUGCGGAAGAUUUUCCAGCUCGUGUGAACCAAGAAGCUUGGCUUCUGGCUCAACAAGUUGGAACUUUUGCGAACCUGGAGUCCCUUGCCGUGGGCGGGAAAGCUUUCAGCGAAGUGCCACGAUUUCACGAAACAAAUUUCAUUUUUCCAAAGUUGAAAUUCCUCUGGUUGAAAGAUGUAUCGGCCAUGAAAGCAUCUCACAUGCUACCGCUGAUGACGUGUCUGGAAAUGGUUUGGAUCCAGACGAAUCGACCAAAUCAGUUUACUGAAAGAGCAAUUCGAGAUCAAUUCAACAAGAGUUCAAAGAAAUGGCUGGAGAAUCUGAAAUUCAUAUCCGCCGAUUAUUGCGAGUCAUGCAUUCCGUAUUCGAGUAUGACAAAAUUGGAAUGCGUGGCCCUCGUUUGUCGAAGUGAUGCGCGUGCCGAAUAUCUGGGAAGAAUUUUGGAAGAACUUCGCUCUUGUCACAAACUCAGAGGGUUGAUUCUGUAUGUGUCCAGUGACGAGGAAUGUCGAACCCUGGGAAGACUCUUCAAAAAGCAGUUGGAGUUUGCAGCAGUUUCUGGAUCGAAACUCGACUGUUUAAUUUCAUUAUUGAAAUUUCUGGCGAGGGAUCAGAAGUUACUUGAAGAACUGUGGAUACUAGUGAAAUCCUCAGAAGACUUUGGAGACAUUUUCCAAACUCUGAGCGCUUUCAAGCAACUGGAAAAGGUCAUCUUCGUCGCGGGACCGAAUUUUUGGCGAAUCCAAGAUGAAGCGAUGAUGCCGACCGAACGAUUAUUCCAAGAAGCACUGUGGAAGUACCUGGAUCCAGUGUGUUCUUUAGAGCGAGCAACUUUGCUGUUCAGGUCGAGUAAUGGUUACAGUUCUGUUACUUACUGCGUGGAGCGGAAAAAACUGGUCACGUUCUCAUCGUCGGUCUUCUUGAAGUUCUUCUCGGACUGGCUGGACGAUGUUCCGAUGACCAGCAGCGAGGAAAGAACUUAUCGGGCUGGAGCUUUCGACUUUUUGUUGCACAUCUUCUGAGGUGUCGAGUGAUGAUGAGUUUUUUGAUUUUUACUUAUUUUGCAAUUGGGUCUCUAUAGUGACCCGCGUGUUGAAGUUUUUUUUUUCUUUCAAUGAUGGGCGUUGUUACGCCGGGAAGAGUUCUCGUAAUACCCGUCUACUGUGUUUGUAUUUGUUCGCAUUUCCUUUUUUCUUCACGUAAAACAGAAUGAGUUGUUGUGCUGAAAAAUGGAAAGAAGAUUCUGUUGGGAAUUUGAGGAAGCUUUCGUUUCAAGUUUUCACGGAUAAGGCAAGCAAAUAAUCUCCUCAUAUACAGAGAGGAGGUCUCAAACUAUAUUAACCGACUCGGCUUUCGGAUAAUUUGUUGUUUCUCUUUCCCAAAUUGGAAGAUCCCAGAAUUGAUGAAAUUAAAUUAUAAAAAGAUCAAGAAAAAUAAUUGAAUCGAUGUCAUAAUCCCAAACUUUAACUCCUGGCGAGCUGUGAAUGAACGCUUUUACUUGGUUAACAAAUGUAUACGAAUAAGGAAC